AGGUCCUCUCAGCUUGGGCAGGUGAAAGGCUCACGGUGCCCGCUGGGGUAAGGGCAGGGGUCUUGGUGUCUGCAGUGCCUGUGUGGGCCUCCGCGGGGCUGGUGUCCUAUCAAAAGCCCGCGUGGUGCGGCCCGGUGUGAGCGCAGUUGUGGAGGAGCCCAAAGCCCAUCUGUGCGUGAAAAACUGCCUUGCGGCCCUGGAGGCGCUGACCCUGGGCUGCGCAGGUCCUGACCGCAGGAAACAUCUUGCCCAACCUGUUAGCCAUGACCUUCAGCACUCUCCACCCAUCCGGUGUCCGACUGUCCGCCCUGACUUCCAGCCUCCCACACAGGCAGCCCCAUCCGCCCCGGAGGACACCUGGUCGUUCCCGCAGCUCCCGCAGUGCAGCGCUCAGGAUCUGAGAACAGGAAGCCCAGCCUCCCUGCGGGCCCCACUGCUGUCCCAGACACAACCACAGAGCAGCUGGCAAGGAGCAGGUGAAGACACUGCCCGCCCAGUACGACAUAGCCCAGGCCCCUGGGGACCCAGUGGUCCUGUGCCCUACGUUGGGACGGACAGGAGCCCUCUCAGGACAGACUCCAGAGCAUCGCCCUCUACCAGGACAUGCUGGCCCAGCAGCUGCUGCCAACCCUCCUGGGGCUUCUCUGCCUCAGGUCCACCCUCUCUCAGGAAUGCACCAAGUACAAGGUCAGCACCUGCCGGGAAUGUGUCCAGUCCGGGCCUGGCUGUGCCUGGUGCCAGAAACUGAACUUCACGGGGCCAGGGGAGCCCGACUCUGCUCGCUGUGACACCCGGGAGCAGCUGGUGAAGAAAGGCUGUGCGCCGGACGACAUCAUGGACCCCAGGAGCCUCGCCGAGCCCCAAGGGGAGUAUGGAGGGGGCCAGAAGCAGCUGUUCCCACAGAAGGUCACACUGUACCUGAGACCAGGCCAGGCAGCCACAUUCAACGUGACCUUCCGGCGGGCCAAGGGCUACCCCGUGGACCUGUACUACCUCAUGGACCUCUCCUACUCCAUGCUGGAUGACCUCAUCCAUGUCAAGAAGCUGGGCGGUGACCUGCUGCGGGCGCUCAAUGAGAUCACGGAGUCGGGCCGCAUCGGCUUUGGGUCCUUUGUGGACAAGACGGUGCUGCCUUUCGUGAACACGCACCCCGAGAAGCUGCGGAACCCGUGCCCCAACAAGGAGAAGGAGUGCCAGCCGCCCUUCGCCUUCCGGCACGUGCUCAAGCUCACCGACAACUCCAACCAGUUCCACACUGAGGUGGGGAAGCAGCUCAUCUCCGGGAACCUGGACGCCCCCGAGGGCGGGCUGGACGCCAUGAUGCAGGUGGCCGCCUGCCAGGAGGAAAUCGGCUGGCGUAACGUCACGCGGCUGCUGGUGUUCGCCACAGACGACGGCUUCCACUUCGCAGGCGACGGGAAGCUGGGCGCCAUCCUGACCCCGAAUGACGGGCGCUGCCACCUGGAGGACAACAUGUACAAGAGGAGCAAUGAGUUUGACUACCCGUCAGUGGGCCAGCUGGUGCACAAACUCACUGAAAGCAACAUCCAGCCCAUCUUCGCGGUGACCAAGAGGAUGGUGACAACCUAUACGAAACUGGCUGAGAUCAUCCCCAAGGCGGCCGUGGGGGAGCUGUCCGAUGACUCCAGCAAUGUGGUGCAGCUCAUCAAGAACGCCUACAACAAACUCUCCUCCAGAGUCGUCCUGAGCCACAGCACCCUGCCCGACACCCUGAAGGUCACCGGGCCAGAGCCUCCUGGCCGCCCUGGCUGUCACACCCUGGGCUCUGCUCAUCCUCCUGCCCAUGGAGCUGCGCCUCCCAGGGGCCGGAGCACCGGCACCCUCCCCCCACACCAGCUGCGCGCAUUCCCCAUGGCCAGGAGAGGGACAGGAGGUCUCCCGGGGUCCCCCCUGAGCCCCCACACUGGCCCUCAGGUCACCUUCCAGGUGAAGGUCACCGCCACACAGUGCGUCCAGGCGCCGACCUUUGACAUCCGGGCUCUGGGGUUCACGGACGCGGUGACGGUGCGGGUCCUGCCCCAGUGCGAGUGCCAUUGCCGGGACCAGCGGCAGAACCGAGGCCUGUGCGGGGACAGGGGUUCCAUGCAGUGUGGUGUCUGCAGGUGUGAGGCUGGCUACAUCGGGAAGAGCUGCGAGUGUCAGACUCAAGGCCGCAGCAGCCAGGAGCUUGAGGGAAGCUGCCGGAAGGACAACAGCUCUGCUGUGUGCUCAGGGCUGGGGGACUGCGUGUGUGGGCAGUGCGUGUGCCACGCCAGCGACGUCCCCAACAAGGUCAUCUACGGGCGCUACUGCGAAUGUGAUAACAUGAACUGCGAGCGCUACGACGGGCAGGUGUGCGGCGGCCCAGGUGAGGGGCCUGGGGGAGGCGCUGCCUUGUCCACUGCACAGGACAGCAGGAGUGGACGUUGGGGACAGAAAAGUGCACAGGUGCACAGUGCUGGGCCUCUCUGGGCCACUGAGCAGCAGCAGCACCAGGCGACCGCCCUGCCAGGCCAGCUCCUGCCUCUGGGGGUCGCGCGAGCUCAGGGGGAGUCCCUGGGGAGAUGGCCGCUGGAUGGGGUCCCGUCCGGGCGGGAUGUGGAAGUCUGGCCCGUGGACGGAGGGACGGCAGGGCCCACUGGCCCCGUCCUGUGUCGGGCACAGCUGCAGCAGGAGGGAGCAGACAAGGACAGGGCCACAGGGCGGGUGGAGGCCUGUGAAGAACCUCCGGCGUGGCUGCAGCACUGCUCCCUGCGCACCAGCUCUCGUAUUCUGAUAAUGGUACCAAAUGGGGUAAAGUCCGCAAAGCGGCAGGCACCCAGGCCGGUGUUCUCCCAGGAGCCGGACCCCUUAGAGCCUACUGACCCCGGAUUAAGACCUCCUCCAUAUGCAGAACCAUCCCCUGGGGAGGCAGAAGUUAAAUCCAUCUACCCAUCUCCCCCCAAAGAAGGGGAGAUCCCGGAUUCCACCACCUCUCCUUCCCGUACCCAAGGGGGCUCUGCUUAUGGGCCCCCGGAGGCGCCCAGGAGAGACCGGACCCAGUCCCUGUGCUCCCACUGA